AUGGCUCAACCAAUCCCCACUGAUCCAAUGCAUUUUCCCACAACACACGGAUACCCUGCGAUAUAUCCGUACGGCCAACAGUAUCCUCCAGACAUGAGCAACUUUGCAGCGAACCCACAAUUCACCCCUGAACUGUUUCAAAUGUAUUUUCAACUUUAUACGAAUCAACAGUUCACUCAUCCAGCUCCACCUCAUCCAGCUACAGAAAUAGAAUCCAGUUCUCAUACUCAAGCAUCGCCUACGAUGAACCAAAGUUCGGAAGAAGGACGAGAUUCCGGAAAUGAGACAAUUUCACCACCUCUGCCACCCCAACCACAUCUAUACCAGAAUAAUUCAAGCCAAACAACACCAGCUGUCUCUCCACAUUAUCCAGCUCCUCUACCUCCACAAGUUCAACACCAAACUCCAGUCCAGGUCAUAACACCAGAGCAACAUCUUCAACAAAUCAACCAGACGAUUCCGAACAAUCAAACACCAGUCCAAUUGGCCCCUCAAAAUUCUGCCUACGCCAUCAAUAAUCUUCUGUCACCUCAAAACUCUCCUAAUGCAGAAGAAGAUGAGCAGGAAAACCGACAAACUCGACGCAACACUUUUCCUACUUCUGAAAAUCGUAAACGACCGAUUCCAAGUGGUCCACCGAUAGUUCCACCAAACUUCACUUCUAAUUAUACACCAAUGAUGAUGCAAAAUUUUGCUGCUUUCAUGGAUCCUUCUUACUUCAAACGAGAAUCGUGUCAGAUUUGUGGAGAUAGUGCCAGCGGUUACCACUACGGCGUGUUGAGUUGUGAAGGAUGCAAAGGGUUCUUCAGACGAAGUGUACACAGAAAGAGUACAUAUGUUUGUCAGAAGGGUGCUGCUUGCUCGUUUUCUCUUGAAAACUGCACAAUAAAUCGGGGAAUACGGACUCGUUGCCAAGCAUGUCGAUACGCUAGAUGUCUUGCAGUUGGAAUGAAUAAAGAAAGUGUACGUAUAACCAAAGACGAACCGAAGAAAACGGAAUACACAAAGUGGUCCGAAGCUCAAUCGAAUGAACUCAAAGAACUGACAGAAGUUUUUAAGUCAACCAUGCCAAGUUCGAUGAGAUUUAACUCAUUUAAUGAUGUAUUCGAAGCAAUCAAAAAGUUGAUCGAAGAUGUUAAAGGACUGAAAACUAUUUUCAAAAGUGAUAGUGGAAAUAUUCCGAAUGUAAUUCGCCUAUUCUCAAAAGGAUUUCUCACUAUCCGAGCUGCAUUUACUUUUGAUACAAUUCCAUUCUACUCAGCAAUCAAUCCAAACUUUAACUCUGAUGUUGAACAACUCCGUUCUGGUAUCAGGAAUACGGUAUUCAACGAUAAUCUGUUGGCUCUUGUAACAGCGAUUCACAUCAUCAAAAGCGCUGAAAGUGGAGAAAACUCAAGUGUCCUCCCAAUCUAUUGCAAAGAGCUUCGUUCUCAAUUUUCCAUAACACACCCACAAGAAUCAGGAAUCUACGAACGAAUCAUUGCUAAGCUGGGACCUUGCUCCAACUAA